CCUCCCCUGUCAAAGGUGAACACAGUAAAGUUUACGACGGGUGUACUAUCAGAUCCCUGAGAAGUAUAAAAGCAGAGGGGGUGAGUGGUCACUCUACCAUCUGUGAAAGGAAGCCAUUUGCUCAACGGCCCCAGACACCUGCGACAUUGUGGCAUGGAGCUGUGGCCAGGUGUGCCCCUCGUGGGACUGCUGUUGCUGCUGCUGGGACAAGGACCCUCCCAAAUUCAGAGCUCUUCUGGAGAGAACACUUUGGCAUGGCAACCACAGCAAGUGUUGCGGGCCCUGAAGAAUUUUCCAUUCCCGUGCAAGCCGAAGAAGUUAGGACUGAGUAUGCCUUCUAAGUCAGUCCACUCUCUAAGACCAUCAGACAUUAAACUUGUGGCAGCCAUUGGAAACCUGGGACUUCCUCCAGACUCUGGCGUGGUCAACAUGGAGAAAACUCAAAGCAUGGAGGACAAACCACAGCAGAUGUGCUUGGAGGUCAUGACAGUCCUUUCAGAUAUCAUCAGACACUUUAGCCCUUCUGUUCUGAUGCCCGUGUGCUCUCCUGGGAAGAGUGGUACAGCCCACGGUCCUGCUGAAGACUUGUGGAUUCAGGCUAAAGAGCUGGUGAGACAUUUGAAAGAGAACCCGCAACUUGACUUCGAGAAGGACUGGAAACUCCUCACGGUCUUCUUCAGUAACGCAGGCCAGUGUCACCUGUGUCCCUCUGCUGAGGAGAAAAGCCAUUUGAUGAGGCGCAUGAAAAAGCUGUGUGAGAUACUGGAUUACCUGCACCGAGAGGUGCCCAGAGCAUUUGUGAAUUUGGUGGAUCUCUCUGAGGUUUUGGCCAUGUCUCAUCAGCAUCAAGAGACUGGGUUCAGCCCUGCACCAGAGCUUUGCAAUUGCUCGGAGGAGACCACGAAGUUGUCCAAAGCUGUCAUGCAGUGGACCUAUCAGGAAACCUGGCAAGAUCUCCUGGCCUCCAGCAAGUUCAACAAGCAUGAGUCCUUCACAGUGGUUUUCCAGCCUUUCUUCUAUGAGGUAGACCCCCCUUCGGAGAGGUCCUCACCCCAGGAUCCCAGCACGCUCGCCCUCAGGAUCUGGAACAGCAUGAUGAAACCAGUGGGUCACAAAGAUGAGAUAUUUGAUGCAGCAGAGAGAAAGACGAUGCAAUGUCCAUCUCAGGAGAGCCCCUAUCUGUUCACCUACAGAAAUAGCAACUACCAGACCCAACGGCUGAAACCCACAGGAAGGCUUCAGGCGAGAGAAGGCACAGAAUUCAGCUGUCCUGACAAGGACCCUUCAGACGCAAUCCCCACCACAGUUCACAGGCUGAGGCCGGCUGACAUCAAGGUGAUUGGAGCGCUGGGCGACUCUCUCACAGCAGCCAAUGGGGCCGGAGCCGAGCCUGGGAACCUCUUAGGUGUCUUAACUCAAUACCGCGGCCUGUCCUGGAGCGUCGGAGGAGAUGAGAACAUCAGGACCGUGACCACCCUGGCCAACAUCCUCCGGGAAUUCAACCCCGCCUUGAAGGGCUUCUCUGUCGGCACCGGGAAAGAAAACACGGACAAGGCGUCCUUCAAUCAGGCCGUAGCGGGAGCCAAAUCUGACGGCUUAGUUACCCAGGCCCAAAAGCUGGUGAGCCUGAUGAAGGCAGACAAGACAAUAGACUUCCAGGAGGACUGGAAGGUCAUCACUGUGUUUAUAGGAGGAAAUGACCUCUGUGAUUCUUGCAAUGACCUGGAUCACUUUUCUCCCCAAAACUUCACGAACAACAUCAGGAAGGCCUUGGACAUCCUCCAUGCAGAGGUUCCCCGGGCCUUUGUGAACAUGGUGGAAGUGAUUGGGAUCAUCGCCCUGAGGGAGCUAUACAAAGAACCUCAAGUCAGCUGCCCACGGCUCAUCCUCAGGAACCUGUGUCCUUGUGUCCUGAAGUUUGAUGAUAACUCAACAGAAUUUGCCGCCCUGGUUGAAAGGAACAGGCAGUAUCAGAAAGGCACUGAACAGCUGAUUGAGAGCGGGCGAUACGACACUAGAGAUGAUUUCACCGUGGUUCUCCAGCCGUUCUUUGAACAUGUGCCCAUGCCUCGGACCCCGGAGGGCCUACCGGAUAGCUCUUUCUUUGCCCCCGACUGUUUCCACUUUAGCAGAAAGACUCAUGCACGCUCAGCCACUGCCCUCUGGAAGAACAUGCUGGAACCUGUUGGCCACAAGACAAGACAACACAAUUUUGAAAACAAGAUCCCUAUUAUGUGUCCAAACCAGACCUUGCCAUUUCUGAGCACCUACAAGAACAGCAACCAGGGUUAUGGAACCUGGACGUUAUGCAAGGACAGAGCCCCUUCUGCCUCACCACCAACCUCGGUGCAUGCCCUGAGACCUGCAGACAUCCAAGUGGUAGCAGCUCUGGGAGACUCUCUGACCGCUGGCAAUGGCAUCGGCUCCCAAGAAGGUAACCUCUCCGAUGUCCGCACCCAGUAUCGAGGACUGUCAUAUAGUGCUGGCGGGGACGUGUCCCUGGAGAAUGUGACCACCUUGCCCAAUAUCCUACGGGAAUUUAAUGGCGACCUCACAGGCUACGCAGUCGGCACGGGUGGCGCCGAUUCUGCAGGCGCAUUCCUUAACCAGGCUGUUCCUAGGGCGAAAGCUGAGAACCUUGCAAGCCAAGUCCAGACUCUCGUUCAGAGGAUGAAGAAUGACCACAGAGUGAACUUCCUCCAAGACUGGAAGGUCAUCACGGUCAUGAUCGGGGCCAGUGACUUGUGUGAAUUCUGCACGGAUUCGAAUCGGUACUCUGCAGCCAAUUUUGUUGACCAUGUCCGCAAUGCCUUGGACAUCCUGCAUAGGGAGGUCCCCAGAGCCCUGGUCAACCUCGUGGACUUCAUGAACCCCAGUAUCAUACGGCAAGUGUUCCUGAAGAACCCAGACAAGUGCCCAGUGCAUCAGGCCAGUGUCCUGUGCAACUGUGUUCUGAGCCCGGGGGAGAAUUCCCAUGAGCUGGCCAGGUUGGAGUCCUUCACCCAGUCCUACCAGAGUGGCAUGCUCCAACUGGUGGAGUCCGGCCGCUACGAUACCCGGGAGGACUUCUCUGUGGUCCCGCAGCCCUUUCUUCUCAACACCAGGCUCCCCAUCCUAGAGGAUGGGCGUCCAGAUACAUCCUUCUUUGCCCCAGACUGCAUCCUCCCUAACCAGAAGUUCCACACUCAGCUCUCGAGAGCCCUUUGGGCCAAUAUGCUUGAACCUCUGGGAAAGAAAACAGAUACUUUGGACCCGAGAGCAUUCAUAGCCAUGGCCUGCCCGACCCAGGAUGAGCCCUUCCUGAGAACCUUCCGGAACAGCAACUACACGUACCCUUCCAAGCCAGCCAUUGAGAACUGGGGCAGUGACUUUCUGUGCACAGAGCAGAAUCCUUCUGGCAGUAUGCCCAGCUCAGUCCACGCACUCCGGCCAGCAGACAUCAAGGUGGUGGCAGCCAUGGGCGACUCUCUGACUACAGCCUUCGGAGCUCGACCGAGCGAGUCCAGCAAUCUAACCACCCCCUGGAGGGGGCUGUCCUGGAGCAUUGGAGGAGAUGGCACGUUGGAGACUCAUACCACACUGCCCAACAUACUGAAGAAGUUCAACCCUUCCAUCCUGGGAUUCUCUACCGGGACCUUGGAGGAGACGGCGGGAUUCAAUGUGGCCGAAGAAGGGGCCAGAGCUCAGGACAUGCCGGCCCAGGCCCGGGCUCUGGUGGAGAGAAUGAAAAACACACCUACAAUCAACCUGGAGGAAGAUUGGAAGCUGGUGACACUCCUCAUUGGGGGCAACGACCUGUGUCAUUACUGUGAGAACCCGGAGAACCACUCAGCCCAUGCGUAUGUGAAGCACAUCCAGCAGGCCUUGGACAUCCUUUAUGAGAAGCUUCCCAGGGUGUUCAUCAAUGUGGUGGAAGUCAUGGAGCUGGCUGGCCUGCACCAGGGCCAAGAUGGGAAGUGUGCCAUGCCGCUGGCCAUUCAGAACUGCAGUUGCUUUAAACGCGCUCAAAACCCCAUGGCGAUGCAGGAGCUGAAAAAAGUGAACUGGAACCUCCAGAGUGCCAUCUCCGGGCUCUCCUACUGGCCCCAGUACAUGCAGCGUGAGGACUUUGCAGUCGUCAUACAGCCUUUCUUCAGGCAAACCCUCAUCCCGCUGACUGAGCUAGGGGGCACGAACCUGACCUUCUUCUCUGAAGACUGUUUCCACUUCUCAGAACGUGGGCAUGCUGAGAUGGCCAUUGCUCUCUGGAACAACAUGCUGGAACCAGUGGGACGCAAGACAACCUCCAACAACUUCACAUACAGCCGAAGCAAACUCAAGUGUCCUUCGCCUGAAACCCCUUUCUUCUACACCCUUCGGAAUAGUCAGCUCCUGCCAGACCAGAUGGCUGAAGCAUCCUCCAAGGUGCUGUACUGGGCAGUACCAGUGGCAGCAGUAGGUGGCCUGGUGGUUGGCAUCCUUGGGAUGAUGCUGUGGAGAGCCAUGAGACGCCCCUGAAAGGAGGUUCCCAACACUGCCAGUUUCUAGGACCCUGAGCGGAUGGAUGGAUCUUCAUCCAAAGUCCCAGUCACACUCCUCACCAGGCCUUCAGCUGCAGCAGCCCUGGAUUGUGGCCAACCUUGCUUCUAUCCCUGGUGCCCUCAGAAGCCAAAGGGACUGUCACAACUUCUCAGGAGCCUGCCUGCUCCCAGGUUUAUUGGGGGGCCAGAACCUUUACUGAAAGACUGUUUUAUUCUUAGCUGAGCCUGGCCCUUGCUCUCGCCCUCCAUCUGAUGCAUAGACAGGUAUGGGAGCCAGAGUGUCUUUGGUCUUAUCCCCCAGGCAACCCUGCCUGGCAUAGGACCCGAGUCUAGACUGGCCCUGUCCAGCUCCAUCUUAUCUUGUCACUCUCCAAACCCACAGUUUAAAAGAAAUGAAAACCCUGGUCACCUAAUGGUGACAGUCUUUGUUCUAUUCCACCCAACAGGUAGGUAUGUGCCCAGCACCUGUUUUGCCUUGUACCCGAGACAAUGAGAGCAUUGUGAUAGCUCCUGGGCUAUGCAUGUCACAGUCUGGCUGGGAAGACAAAACUCCUUCCAACCAAGAGGGGGCUCUUCGAUAAUGUAGUUGAUUACUGGGAGAUGUGUCUGGUUGCUCGGGGAGUUUCCCUGGAAGAGAGUAUGCCAUUUUGGAAGAAAACCAGAUUGGGAUAUGAAUUAUGUCAUGUCCCCUCAACCUUUCAAAUGGUGCUAAUUUUAGGUAAUUACAUAAUUUUAGGUUCUACAUUAGCUGACCUCUGAGAGACAUCUGGAUUAAAUCUGAAAAUACAGGCCAUUGGUCUGGGGCGAGGCCAGAGCGGCAUGCCUCGUAUACAUUCUCCCUUAUAUUCUGCACCUAACGCCCCCCCGAGAGGAGGACACUUGGAAAAUGGUGGUGGUGAUCAUCACUGCAAAUGUACUAAGUGCUGAUGAGUUCUUUUUAGAAAUAAUUGUAUGCUAUGUGAACUUCACCUCAGAGGAACCUAGUAAGAAUCCACAAGGUCCACAUGGUCAUCUUCAUGUUAGUAUCUCUAUAAGGACAAAGCCUGGGGUGACAUUGCACAUUAAAACUCCAUACGUUCAAACCCUGCUCUCCAGCUCAACUUCUCAGAUCCUGUAGUAAUAAAAUUGGAAUGCAAGCACCCAUUUUUUCUUGCCUCACAGCACUUUGUUGACCCUAAACACUGCACAAAUGAAAAACGUGUCAUUCUGAGUAAAGGGUUGAGGCAAAGCCCAGAGGUGAGCCCUUGGGACCAGGCAGUAAUCUCAAGGCAUAGAGACGGACUGAAUUCCUCUCCUGGGAGUUCAUCUCUUUGGGGGAAGACAAACAAGAGGGGCCAUGCUCAGUGUCUGUGUUCUCCUGGGCUUCCAGGUCUGACACUAUGAAUAGCGCGUCUCGGCCUGUUCAUUCCAUAAACUGUGUCAACACAGCCCUAGGUGCCUCUCGUUUGAGAUGACUUCCCAACAGAGAUGACCUAUUAAAUCUAGGAGUCCCAAAGCAUGCGACUUUUCUUCCAGUCCCCAUUCCAUCCCAACUCCAGAGAACACUUGACUCAAAAACCUGAGACUCAAAACCAACAUGGCCGCUCAAGUGGAAAAUUCCAUACCUGACCCCAAAUGACGGGUGCAUUGAAGCAUUGUCUGGAGUUACCUGCAGACUACUUGUAGUUGGUGGUUUGUCUGGAACAAAACUGGGUCUCAUCUUUAGACUUGGGUACCAUCCUUAAAGCAUCUCAACUACAUACAUACAAAUACUCAAAAAAAAAAUGCAGAAUCCAAGACACUCAGAUCCCACACAUUUUGGAUGAGGGAAUCAAGACCUGAGUGCACCAACAAUGUACUGUGUCCCUUUAGGUAAAUAGUCUAGGUAGAACUACGCCCAAAGUCACAUCAUGAACAAAACCUAUCAUUUUCAGGGAAGCUACCUCUAUGGUUCACCUCAUAGAGGCUUUUAAAUGCACAAAGGAAAGAUUAAGGUGGAUUAAACCUAGUCAGAAUCCUUCAGCGAGGCUUUUGGAACAUUAAUUGAGCUCUGAAAGAUGGAGUGAUGAUCUUGUUAGAGGCCCAAAGGGGAUAAUAGAGCCAUUAAGACUGGUGAUUCUGCAUAGGCAGAGAAAAGGAUGUGCCUGGUCUGUAUCAGAGGUGGUAUCUAGGGAAACAAGGAUGAAGAUGAAUCAGCCACUCAGAGGACCACUGUGGAAAAAGCAAGGGGUUAGCAAUGAUUUGUAGUUGGCCGUAUCAGACUGCUUCUGGUUUGGGACUGUAAGGGGAAGUGAAAAAGAUUCAUUCAAAGCCAAGUGUUCUCCAGAAGGUUGAGAGCUGGGGCUGCUGAUCCAAUGGCAGCUUAUCCGCACGGUUGAAUCCCCAGCAUCAUAUAAGCCAAAGUGAUGGCACACACCUAUAAUCCCAGCACUCAGGAAGCACAGGCAGGGGACUCAGAAGUUCAAGGUCAUCCUUGGCUACAUAGUGAUUUCAAGACAUGCCUGGGCUGCAUGGGACCCUGAAGAGAGAGGGUGGAGGAGUAAGAAAGAGGAGAAAAGAAAACUGACAUCAUUCCAGCAUUUGCAUUAGGCCAGACAGGCACCCUAGUCCAGAAUAAAGGAACCCUAUCCCUUCCUGUUAUCACCCUCUUCGUACAGAGAAAGAAACCAAGAUUCAGAGAAGAGGGAAUUGGCUCAGUUAUGGUUUCAUUACCCACAGUGGAAGAUUAAUCCAUGGUAGAAGAAUAACCUCCAAAUAGAAAAUGGCCACCAAGUCCAGCCAUGAGCUGAACCCAGCUGCAAAUAAAUCGUCUAUAAAAAUCAAAUAAAAACCUAGAAAAGUAGGCCAUGACUAACAACACAAUGACAGCUCUAGCCUUCCCCUGGGCAGAAGAACUCACCUGAUUAAUCAUCUGCGAUUUUAAAAAUUAACUUCAGAGUUAAGAUUUGCAGCCAAUCUUUUCAUUAAGCAAAACCAAACAAUCCCGGAAAGUGAGAGUCAGAUGUCACAACUCGACCCACGACGUUCUACCUGAUGCAGCGCUGAAGAGGGAUCCCACAGCCUUGUUACCUGAUGACAACCAGGUGCUGAGAUUUCUGCAGCGGGGUGAUUGUGUUGCUGUGAGAUCACAGAGUGUGCUCACACAAGCCUGGACGGUACGGGCCAACCAAGAAAUGCAACAAAGCUGGACAUCGUGGAGUACCGCUCUAGUCCCAGCCCUGGGGAGGCGGAGGUAGGAGGACCCAAGUUCCAUGCCAGCCUGGGAAACACUAUAUAAUGAGACACUCUUUCCAAAAGAAAAAGAGAGAGAGAGGAGGGGGGGGUGAGGGAGGCAAGGGGCCACAAUGCAUGAGGCUCCUCAUAACAUAUCAUGGCAUACUGUUUUAUAAUGAAUGUU